AAUAUACCAACGUUAGCACAUAAACUAUUGUACUUUCGGUUUUGAAAAUUGAAGAAGGAAGUUUAAAUAAUCUCCUUUGUCAACGUUAGUUUUAUUGUUUUUGUGUGAGAUGAAGCAUGUAUCGAGUGUUUAAAAGCUUAAAUUUAUAGAGGAGAAGAAAGCACAAAAUGAACACCAAGAGGGUAGCAAGCAACAUCGUCAAAAAGUUGAAAUCAAGGCCAGAUGGGAUAAACCCAAUCAUUGACAAACUCAAAGGUGAGUUUCACUUGGAUGCCAAUUACGAUGGUCAAGCUCUGACAAUUGGAGCACAGCAUACGGACAUACUGGAUUUAGCUGUGCUAUAUCUCCAGGACGCAACAAAGGAAAUACACAAAGAUGUUUCAGUUACGCUGGGAAAGGAUGGUUACGUUAUAUGGCAGUUUCGAGGGAAAACUGCAUAUAUUGGAAGAUGCUUGUUUAGGAAAGAAAUUGAUGAAAUGGCGAAAGGUGAUGACGAAGUGCAAGCUGAAAUGUUCACUGAAGACAUAGAAAUUAAAUGUAUCCAUGACCAGUACAAAAGAGUUAAAGAAAAAGUCCAACGAGUUAUCAGCCAAAUCAAAGAUUGCAAAAAAAUAGUUGUAAAAGUGGGAAAAAGGGACGAAAGAUUAGCCAAACAAUUUUGCAAUAACUGUCAAAAUGAUACUUUUUGCGCCCUAUACGAUGAAUCGAUAACAUUUUGGGGUCGAACAGAAAAACAAUGUAAUGAAGGGAAAGCAAUGUGGGAGAAGAACCCGAGUGGUUCAAAGAAUCAAACUGAAAAAGAAACAAAACCUCCAACAAGUCUACCGGGCGCGGGAGCAACACCAAGAGCAGAAACAUCAUCCCCAUUAAUUCCAUCAGCACCGCCCGAGGACGAGGUGGCCGAUGCUGGGAAAUCAGAGCACACUGAUCAAAAAGGCAAGAAAGAUAGUGUUAAUGGGAAAGAGGUAAAAGAUGAAAAUAAAACACCAGCAACAAUCCCACAAGGAGCAGAUGCUUCACAAGUUACUUCAAGAUUGCCUGGUAAAACAACGGGCUCAGGGGACAAAAGUCAAUAUACGUUCAAAGUAGGUAACCUCAGAGUCAUCGUGUACAAACUGUCGAUCACAGAGACCAAAGACAUCGACGGCAUAACAAAUGCUGCGAACGAGCGAAUGAUGCACGGAGGUGGUGUUGCGUACUACAUAUCGAAAGCAGCCGGGAAGAAGAUGGAUGAUGAAUGUAAGAAGUAUAUAGAUAAACACGGUCUGCUGAAGGUAACUGAGAACUAUGUAUCGGGUCCUGGAGAUAUUAAAUGCAAGGGGAUAAUCCACGCUGUCGGGCCUCAAUGGUGGGAUUACAAAGACCAUUACGACGAUUGUGCCAAAGACCUGCAUAUGACAAUAGUCAACAUUUUGGAGGCUACUAAGAAGAGGCAGUGGACUUCUGUUGCUUUGCCCGCAAUUAGUUCAGGCCUCUUUGGAGUCCCUAAGGAACUAUGUGCGGAGAUGUAUAUAACGGGAUUCGCUGCCUUUGCAAUGAGAGACACAGGAAGUGUUAAAGAUGUUCACUUUCUCGACCUUAAUGAGGACAUUCUUAACAUGGUGAAGGAGGCGCAUGCUAAAUGGGUGAACGAGCCCACUGCUCUUGACUUUAAGAAUGCUUGGAAAUACCAUGAUACUGCUGGAACCAAAACUAUGCGCAAAGCAAAAGAGUCUACACCGGACAUCACUUUCGUGAAGGAAACAUUAACAAAACAAAAAAAGAGAAAGUUUGAAUAUUUAGUUGCCGGCGGGAUUCAGGUUUACCUAUAUACCGGAUCCGUUACCGACAUGGAAGCGAAAUACGACGCCAUCACUUGUCCAUGCAAUGGGCGAUUGGCCAGUGUCAUUGCUAAGAAAGUUGGAGCUGACUACAACAAACAAACUGCGAAAUACGGUCAAAUUCGAGAAGGGGAGAUAUUCCACAUCAAUGGUGGAAAAGGUUUAUUUGCAGGGACAAGUAUCAUUCAUGUCCAGUUUACAAGUUCUCAGUACGAUUUUUCCAAGCAAUCCCUAGCAAGCUUGGAGGGAAUGACGACAUCUUUAUUCGAAUAUGCAAAUGAGAAAGUCAAGUCAUCAGUCUUGGCUUUAUCGAUGUUAGUCCCAGAACAAGCUGCAACAGAUGAUCGAUUUCUGGUUGCUGUUAUUGACAAUUUCAUAAAAGUAAUGUUGACCUGUGCAAAAAUGGCAAAGAAAUUGAACAUCAAAGAACUGCACAUUCUUGAUGUAAAUGAGAACCGUGUGAAUAUCAUCAAAGUGGCGAUUAAAGGGUUCACGAAUCCACAGCAUGACAAAGCUAAUAGCAGUGAAGCAUAUGGAAAGACCAUUGGAGACGACUUUGGAAGUUCAUCUUAUAAGUCUGGUCCCCCUCAGGCAUCGAUGUAUCCCGAUUUGAAAAAUGGCUGGAUUCCACAUAAUCCAAGCAAAGAGAAAAAUGUGGUUCAUCAGACUGGAAACAAAGAAACGUCACUAAAAAAAUUCACGGAUAAAUCAUCUACCUGUAUCUGUGAAAUUUGCAGCGACAGCAAGCGAACAGGAUCGAAGAAAUUUGAUAAUUGUCGGCAUAUGAUAUGCGACAUUUGUGCUAUUGCAAUGAAAUCUGGAUGCACUAAAUGUAAAUCAUCCAGUAAAGGAUCGAGGACAAACUCGCCGGUAGGAAUGAAAUGUGCAGUUUGCUUUGACUCUUUCCAGUCUUUGGUCAGUCUACCGUGCGGCCACGAAUAUUGUAACUCCUGUGUGGCUAAGUUAUCAAAACUAACACCAAGGUGUCCCGAAUGCCAGAAACCAUUUGGUAUCAUCACUGGGAACCAACCAGACGGUAAAAUGCUAUACAGAGAAAUAAAAGAGUCGCUACAAGGCUUUGAGGAGUGUGGAACAAUUGAAAUAUUCUACGAGAUCUUUUCAGGGAAACAAAAUGCAAAGCAUCCAAACCCAGGAGCUCAUUACAGCGGCGUUCAGAGAUUUGCAUUUCUUCCAAAUAACCAAGAAGGUCAGCGCGUUUUCAAGCUGUUGAAGAAGGCGUUUGAUCGACGCUUGAUAUUCACUGUCGGAGAUUCGAGAACUACAGGAAAGGAGGGGGUUGUCACAUGGAAUGACAUUCACCAUAAGACACGGCCUUCCGGUGGACCUGAACACUUUGGUUACCCGGAUCCGACAUAUCUAUCCAGAGUUCUUGAAGAGCUAGCUGCCAAAGGUGUAACAGAAUAACAGAAGAUUACUAAAUGCAUUGGCAUGGCGACAGACGAUAUCCCCUGAAAGAAGUCCCCCAAUAUCACAUAAAACGUGCCAUGUUCAUCUUCGAAAAUUAUUUACAAUUUGUAUGUACUUAAUCAAUUGUAUAAUUUUAUGGCAUUUAACAACAUUUAACAACAUUUAACACAUUGUUAAAUAAUGAAUGAUAUUUUGCCCCUCUACUUAAUCUUACGGUGAGGAAUUUGUCGGAGUGGGGGUGGGGUGGAGGGUUUGGUCCUACACUACCAUCCGUUUGUAUCCACUGUCACUUACAACAUUUGCAUUGUUUUCACACUAAUGUUUUAUCACUUUUUGAGGAACACGUUCUUUUAAUGGUUAAAUUGGACGGAUAUUUUUUUUUGCUUUUAAAUAAUCAACAGGACAUACAAAAUGUGUUAAGGUGCAAAUGAGCAACUAUCAUUAUCUUAUGACAUUUUGUGUUUGGUCUGCUUUUUUGCUUUGUUAACUAUAAUCUGCAUUUAAUUGAUGUUGUACUGAACAUUAUUUAGCCUGUAAAUCGGACUGUUUUCUUCUCACCAUUUAAGUAACAGGCAAUACAGUAAAUUUGAAAUUUGUUUGGCUUGAUUUUGUCUCAACAGUAUCAUGCAGUGUUUAUUCUGCUUUUCAUGUCAACUUCUUGCUGUUACUACAACAUUGAUUGUUAAAAUUUGUUGAUUUGUUACAGUCAAGUAAUAAGAAAGGUCAGCUAAAAUUGUGUACAUAUAUAUUUGAAGCAUUUAUUAUACGUACAAAUAUUGUCAAUCAAAUUGUUUAGCAUUGUAUUUAUAACUGCAAAUUGUGUUGCCAUUUUCCCUUAUUAUAAUUUGUUCUCUGUACUAUAUAAAGUCUACCCUCUCAAUACUAUUUCUUACUUUACGUUUUAUCAUUAAAGUGACACUCUUAUUCAAAAUCAAUACAUACACAUGUAUAACAAACAUCAAUUUUGAGUGAUAAACCUUUAACUACUUACUAAAAAUGCAUAAUGAAAAAUAUUAAUUACUGAAAACAAGAUUGUAACCAUGUUUUUAAUAGCAGAAAGUGCAAAAAUAUUAAAUGAUUGGUGAAUGCUAAAAUAUUUACUGUUGUUUACUAUAGUCUCAUAAGGUUGAAAUACCGUGUUUUAUGCUCAUUUCUUUCAAAUUAAACUCGGUAUUCUUCAUGAGAACAAUUGCUUUUGAAAUUUCUUCAUCCUUUUCGCAAUAUUAAAACAAUAUUAUUAAUUGUGGUUAAUGUUAUUUGUGAGUAAGAGUGCAUCUUUAAACAAAUUUCUGUGUGUAGUAAUUAAUUAAAUGACCAUCUUGUUGUGAUAUAACCUUAAUGAUAUGUGUUAUAUUAUUUAAAAAAAUCCAUCUUUUUUAACGUUUCAUUCUUAAAACGUUGAUUAUAUGUCUAACUUAUAAUAUCGUGUAAAGAGAAGCAUGUAUAUGAUUAAGUUACUUUAAUAAAUACUUGGAAUUUUGAAUCAUUAAAAAGAUGCAAACAAUGAACAUGCAUUAAAAAUGGAUUAAAGGGGCUGUACUCCGUAAGAUGAAAUAGCGAAAAAAAAUAAUAAAAAUGGUCGAAAACUGACGUAAACUUGGUAUCGAUGUGUAAAAUGCAUUGAAACUGAAGUACCACAGUUUUGUUCGUAUGUUUCCAUUAGAAAAGAUUACUAGGUAUGUCUACCUAGAAGAAUUUGUUCCUUAUGCGUGAUUGGCUAGUCGAUGUUAUCACGUGAUUUUACCAAGUCAGGUAUAUAGCUUAAAUAUUCCAAAUGGAUUGGCUAAGUCUGCGUAGCACAGUGGAUACAACACUGGACUGCAAUUUUGGCGACACAGGUUCGAACCCAGUCUCCGUCACAAUUUUUUUUUUUACAUUUUUUUUUUUUUUUUUUUACAAUUAUGAUAUCAAAGAGUAAAACAUUAUUUUAAAUAAUUGUACUGAGUUCGUUUUGGGGUCAAUCUGGUGUACAGUCCCUUUAAAACCAAAAUUGCAUAAAGGCAGUACUUGUUAAACUGAGUUUUCUUCUACAAAAUUUGAGUUUAGCUCUUGAAAUAUGAAUAAUGCUUUGUACUUAAUUUGAGACUAAUUGUAAUAACAUAAAC